AUGAACGAGCUCGAUUCUGAUGAGAUGUUGCUUACACACGAUGGUCGAACCGCUCAAAGGGAUAUCGUGCAGUUCGUCGCUCUACGUGAUUUCUACUGUGGCUCUUUUGAAAUCGAAAACGGACAUGUAAUGAAUAUGCUGGCGAAAGAGGUCCUGGCUGAAGUACCGCAGCAACUCGCCUCGUACAUGGAACGAAACGGUGUUGUACCCAUGGAAGCAGUACCAAAAUCCCAUGGCGACUACGAACGCGAUGUAGAGAUGUUUAUGAACGAUCCCGGUUUUGUCCCGUUUCCAUUCCUCGCUGAUCCACCUGAAUAA